AUGUUCUCAACAAUAAAAGGGGCUCGAAUCUUCCUCUUUUCACUUGUCCUAAGCGCCUUUGCGUCGCCCGUCCAGCUAUCUACCCGGGAAAUCUCGUCCACUCUUCUGCAUGACUUUGAACUAUUCUCUCAGUAUGCUGCAUUAGCUGCCUGCGACCAAAACAUCAACUCCACCCAUCACAAACUUACAUGCGACAAAAACACGUGUGGACUUGUCGAAGCCGACGACACUGAGACCAUCUAUGUCUUCCACAGCACAUCUGGCCCAACAGGAUACAUCGCUCUGGAUCAUACGAAGAAGCUCAUUGUCCUGACAUUCCGCACUUCUGUUAAUAUGAACGACCUUGCCAUAGACAAUAAGUCCGACCCAACCAAAAUCGAGGAAAUCUGUGCUGGAUGCUGGGCGCACACCGGGUUCUGGGGUUACUGGAAGGCUGCUUCUGACAAGGUGAUCCCGCAGCUGGAGCAAGCCACCAAAGCAAACCCAAGUUACCAUCUGGAGGUAGUUGGACACAGUAUGGGAGGUGCUGUUGCAACCCUUGCAGGAACCGUUCUCCGGAAACAAGGGUACAAAUUAGAUAUUUGGACAUUCGGAAGUCCCAAAGUCGGAAACUACAAGCUGGCAGAGCACAUCACGAACACACAGCCAAUCAGCGUUUACCGUGCCACCCAUUACACAGACAGUGCACCAAAGGGACCAUACGAUGUUCCCGACUUGGAUUAUACCCAAAGCUCCCCUGAAUACUGGAUCAAUAAGCCCCUCGACGAAGAGGUUACGGCUGAGGAUGUGAUACUCGUGAAAGGAAUCAACAGCGAUAAAGGGAAUGCUGGUCAUGGAAAUGUGACCUCUAAUUUGCCUGAUGCCAACCAUCUUUAUUACUUUGGACCUGUGCAGGUCUGCGAAUAUCCUGCCGAUUUUGCAUACUCUGCGGCUCCCUGA